AUGAAUCUCGAGGUUUCGCAACAAAAUUUAAAGAUAUAUGAAGGUUUCAACGAUGACGACGAACAUGUACGAGAUUUAGCACGAACUUUCACACAAGCAUCGGCUGACUUGACGUACAAUGAUAAAGAAGAUGCUAAUAAUGAUAGUAGCUAUAAGAAUAACAAUACCGACACUGCGAUUGGAUUAAAGAGAAUGCUCUCGCACAUGUCAGAGGUGCCAGGUGUCAAUCCAUUAUCUGAUCACGAAAUAGAAAGACUAAAUCCAGAUUCAGAUCUAUUUGAAGCCAAGUUCUGGGUCAAAAACUUGAAAAAGUUGUAUGAAUCCGAUCCCGAUUACUACAAGCCUUCGAGCUUGGGUGUAGCGUAUCGUGAUUUGCGUGCUUAUGGACUUGCCAAUGAUAUUGACUAUCAAGCAACAGUGACUAACGUUCUUUGGAAGUUAGCUACACAAAGCUACCGGUGGAUUAGAAAGGAAAAAGAAUCCGAUUAUUUUAACAUCUUAAAGCCUAUGGAUGGUAUAAUGAGACCAGGAGAGCUAACUGUGGUGCUUGGUAGGCCAGGAAGCGGGUGCUCCACGUUACUAAAAUCAGUCGCAGUGAAUACAUAUGGAUUUCAUUUAGGUAGAGAGUCUCAAAUAACAUAUGACGGCUUAACUCAACAACAAAUCCGGAAAAACUUUCGCGGAGAUGUCAUAUACUCUGCUGAAACAGAUGUACAUUUCCCUCAUUUGACAGUGGGUGAUACUUUGGAGUUUGCCGCAAGAUUUAGAACUCCGCAUAACCGAGGCAUCAAUGUAACUAGAGAAGCUUAUGCAAAGCAUUUGGCAAGUGCAUAUAUGGCCAUGUAUGGUUUAUCACAUACUAAAUACACCUAUGUUGGAAAUGAGGUUGUGAGAGGCGUAUCUGGUGGCGAACGCAAAAGGGUCUCCAUUGCCGAAGUUUCGUUGAGUGGAGCAAAUAUCCAAUGUUGGGAUAAUGCCACAAGAGGUUUGGAUGCAGCCACUGCCUUGGAGUUUAUUCGAGCCUUAAAGACAUCUGCGAUGGUGCUUGAUACUACUCCAUUGAUUGCUAUUUAUCAAUGUUCUCAAGAUGCUUAUGAACUCUUUGAUAAAACUGUGGUUUUAUAUGAAGGUUACCAAAUCUAUUUCGGAAGAGCAGACAAGGCAAAAAAAUAUUUCAUCAAUAUGGGAUACGAAUGUCCUGAAAGACAAACCACUGCUGAUUUCUUGACAUCCAUUACAAAUCCAGCUGAAAGAAUUGUUCGCCCCGGGUUUGAACACAAAGUACCUAGACUUCCCCGGGAGUUUGAUAAGUAUUGGAAAAAAUCACCAGAGCAUCAAACUUUAAUCCAAGAGAUUGAUGACUAUCUUGCAACUUGCGAGACUCGUAAUGCAAAGGGCCAAUAUCAACAGUCACAUGUUGCAAAACAAGCUAAACACAUGAAUACGGCGUCACCAUAUACAGUGUCGUUUCCGAUGCAAGUGAAAUACAUCACAAAGAGAAACUGGCUUCGAAUGAAAGGUGACCCAUCUAUUCCAGUUUUUAGUGUACUUGGUCAAUUCUUUAUGGGCCUUGUUUUGUCAUCAGUAUUUUAUAAUUUGAGUCAAACGACGGAAUCAUUUUAUUUCAGAGGAGCAGGAAUGUUCUUUGCAGUAUUAUAUAAUGCAUUUGCAUCUUUAUUGGAAAUUAUGGCUCUUUUUGAAGCUAGACCUAUUGUGGAAAAGCACAAAAAAUAUGCAUUAUAUCGACCAUCGGCAGACGCUUUAGCUAGUAUUAUUACUGAAUUCCCAGUAAAAUUGGCAAUGUCCAUAUCUUUCAAUUUGGUAUUCUACUUUAUGGUGAACUUUAGGCGAGAACCAGGUAGGUUCUUCUUUUACUGGCUCAUGUGUAUUUGGUGUACCUUGGUAAUGUCGCAUUUAUUCCGUUCUAUUGGUGCAGUCUCAACAUCAUUAGCGGGUGCAAUGACUCCUGCGAUUGUAUUGCUACUAGCAUUGGUCAUCUAUACUGGGUUUGUGAUUCCAACUACAACAAUGUUGGGCUGGUCGAGAUGGAUCAAUUAUAUCAAUCCUGUCGGGUACGUAUUUGAGUCCUUGAUGGUUAACGAAUUCCAUAAUCGUGAGUUUGAAUGUGCUACAUUCAUUCCCAUGGGACCAGGCUAUGAAAACGUUUCUGAUGCCAAUCGAGUAUGCACUACUGUGGGUUCUCGUUCAGGAUCCAAUAUUGUGAAUGGUACAGACUAUGUCGCUGGAUUAUAUGGGUAUUUUAAUUCACACAAAUGGAGAAACUUGGGUAUUACAAUCGGGUUUGCUGUUUUCUUUCUUGUAAUAUACAUUUUUUUGACAGAGUUCAACAAGGGUGCCAUGCAAAAAGGAGAGAUUCUUUUAUUUUUGAGAGGAAAAUUGGGUAAGCAUAAAUUGCUUAAAAGGGCUAAAGGUAAUGGGAAUUUUAUCAAUAAUGACUAUGGAAGAGAGGUAAAAGAGGAGGAGGUUGGCGAGAACGCUUAUGAAAAAGUCAAUUUUGAAAGCGCAGUUGAAGCGGAGAGGAGUAACAAGAUUGGACGAGGCGAAGGCGGAGGCGGACGUGGACAAGCAAAAGAAGAAGAAAAAGAUGACAAUGAUGAAGAAGAAAAAGAACACGGAAAAAAGGAAAAAUCAAGAAGAAUGCCUGAUUCAUUGGCCAGCCAGGCAAACCUCUCUUUUGAUAAGGAUAUAUUUAUGUGGCGCAAUUUGACUUAUCAAGUCAAGAUCAAAAAAGAAGAUCGCAUCAUAUUGAAUCGUGUUGAUGGGUGGGUCAAACCUGGACAGAUUACAGCAUUAAUUGGUGCUACAGGUGCAGGUAAAACUACGUUACUUAAUUGUUUGUCAGAGAGAUUGACUACUGGUGUCAUUACUGAUGGUAUAAGAAUGGUCAAUGGACAUUCUUUAGAUUCUUCGUUUCAAAGAUCUAUUGGGUAUGCACAGCAACAGGAUUUGCAUUUGGCUGCAUCCACCGUGAGAGAAGCAUUACAAUUUUCUGCCUAUUUGAGACAAUCGAGCAACAUCUCCAAAAGGGAAAAAGAUGAAUAUGUUGAUUACGUCAUCAAUUUGUUAGAGAUGAACAACUAUGCUGAUGCCAUGGUUGGUGUUGCCGGUGAAGGUCUUAACGUUGAGCAAAGAAAGAGAUUGACUAUUGGUGUUGAAUUGGUUGCCAAACCUAAAUUAUUGUUGUUUCUUGAUGAACCCACCUCAGGUUUGGACUCACAGACUGCAUGGUCUAUAUGUAAACUACUUCGAAAGCUUGCAGAUCAUGGUCAGGCAAUUUUGUGUACUAUCCAUCAACCUUCAGCUAUAUUGAUGAAGGAGUUUGAUAGGUUGUUGUUUUUACAACAAGGUGGCCAAACUGUUUAUUUUGGAAAUUUAGGAUUCAAUUGCUCAACAUUAAUUGACUACUUUGAAAGUCAAGGCGCAGAUCCAUGUCCACCCAGUGCCAAUCCAGCUGAAUGGAUGUUGCACGUUGUUGGUGCAGCCCCGGGGUCACAUGCAAAACAAGAUUAUUUUGAGGUUUGGAGAAACUCUAAGGAAUACCAAGCGGUGCAAGCUGAGUUGGACAAAAUGCAAACAGAGUUAUCGAAAUUACCAAGAGAUGGUGAUCCCGAGACCAGGUUAAAAUAUGCUGCGCUGUGGUGGAGCCAGUAUUUGUUGGUUAGUAAACGGGUAAUUGUGCAAAAUUGGCGAACGCCCGUAUACAUCUGGUCUAAAUUGUUUCUUGUCAUUGCAGCUGCAUUAUUUAAUGGAUUUUCAUUCUUCAAGGCAGGUACAUCUCUACAAGGAUUGCAGAAUCAAAUGUUUUCUGUGUUCAUGUCGUUUAUUCCAUUCAACACACUAAUUCAACAAAUGUUGCCGUAUUUUGCUGUGCAUAGAGAUGUCUACGAGACAAGAGAGUCACCCUCUAGGAUGUUUAGUUGGUUUGCAUUUAUUGCUGGUCAAAUCACUUCGGAGUUGCCGUUCCAAGUCAUCUUGGGCACAUUAGCAUAUUUCUGCUGGUAUUAUCCUGUGGGACUUUAUGCAAAUGCAAUUGCCACAGAUUCAGUUGCAGAGAGAGGUACACUUGUAUGGCUAUAUUUGGUUGCUUUUUAUGUUUGGUGUUCUACUAUUGGUCAAAUGUGCAUGUCAUUUCUGGAGCAUCAAAUUAAUGCUGGUAAUUUGGCAUCGCUUUUGUUUAUGUUUUGUUUGUUAUUCUGUGGCGUGCUUGCUACAAAGCUGGAUUUGCCAGGGUUUUGGAUUUUUAUGUACUAUUGCAAUCCGUUGACGUAUUUGAUACAGGGGAUCUUGGUAUCGAGUUUAGCAAAUACUAAUGUUGUUUGCAAUGCUAAUGAAAUGGUUCCUGUUGUUCCACCCCAAGGUAUGAGUUGUAACCAGUUUUUGGGUCCAUUUAUUCAAAGGGUUGGUGGAUAUGUGGAGAGUGUGGAUGGUGUAUGUUAUUUCUGUCUGAUGGGGUCGACCAAUGUGUUUUUGCAUUCCUUGAAUGCUGAGUAUAGUGAGAGAUGGAGAAAUUGGGGCAUAGUGAUUGCAUUUAUUGUGAUUAAUAUGUUUAUCACUGCAGCACUUUACUGGCUUGUGCGUGUACCCAAGAGGAAUAGAGAACAAAAAGUCAAGGUUGUCUGA